AUGCCAUUCCUAGAUGUUUUAUUUCAGCAUGCUAGACGUUUUAGCUUCGGUGUUCAAGUUAACUUCUUAAGCCAAGUUCGUUUAAGUCACGAGGGAGAUGGGCCGAAAGUGGCAAAGCGUUUAAUCGAGGUGUAUUUUGCACUAUUUAAGGUAUUGAUUUCUGAUGCCAAUAGGGAGCAUGGGACGAACAAAUGCAGUAAAGAAAAAGCUAGAAAAAUUUCUAGUUCAAAAUGUAAUCCAAAGAAUGCUCCUCCAGAAUCUCAUGUUGAGAUGGAUUCCCGGUUAUUAACAGCUCUUUUAACAGGUGUGAAUAGAGCGUUUCCUUUUGUUUCUAGCGAUGAAUCUGACAAGAUUAUUGAAACCCAGACGCCAAUCUUAUUUCAGCUGGUUCAUUCUAGGAGCUUUAAUGUGGGAGUUCAAGCAUUAAUGCUUCUUGACAAGAUCUCUACCAGAAAUCAAAUUGUUAGUGAUAGAUUCUACCGAGCCUUAUAUUCAAAACUCUUGCUACCAGCUGCCAUGAACUCUUCAAAGGUGAGUUGAGUUGUAGUAGUUCUUAG